AUGGCGACUGACAACAGCAAGGUGGCUGAUGGGCAGAUCUCUACCGAGGUCAGCGAGGCUCCUGUGGCCAGCGACAAGCCCAAAACCCUGGUAGUCAAGGUGCAGAAGAAGGCCGGGGACCUCCCUGACCGGGACACAUGGAAGGGACGCUUCGAUUUCCUCAUGUCCUGCGUGGGCUACGCCAUCGGCCUGGGCAACGUGUGGAGGUUCCCUUACCUCUGCGGGAAAAACGGUGGUGGGGCCUUCCUAAUCCCGUAUUUCCUGACGCUCAUCUUUGCGGGUGUUCCUCUCUUCCUUUUGGAGUGUUCCCUAGGCCAGUACACCUCCAUUGGGGGCCUGGGCGUGUGGAAGCUGGCCCCCAUGUUCAAGGGUGUGGGCCUCGCGGCAGCUGUGCUGUCCUUCUGGUUAAACAUCUACUACAUCGUCAUCAUCUCCUGGGCCAUCUACUACCUGUACAACUCCUUCACCACAACCCUGCCAUGGAAACAGUGUGACAACCCCUGGAACACUGACCGCUGUUUCUCCAACUAUAGCCUGGUCAAUACCACCAACAUGACCAGCGCCGUGGUGGAGUUCUGGGAGCGCAACAUGCACCAGAUGACGGAUGGGCUAGACAAGCCAGGACAGAUCCGCUGGCCACUGGCCAUCACACUGGCCAUUGCCUGGGUGCUUGUGUAUUUCUGCAUCUGGAAGGGUGUUGGAUGGACUGGGAAGGUGGUCUACUUCUCAGCCACGUACCCCUACAUCAUGCUCAUCAUCCUGUUCUUCCGUGGAGUGACGCUUCCUGGGGCCAAGGAGGGGAUCCUCUUCUACAUCACGCCCAACUUCCGAAAGCUGUCUGAUUCUGAGGUGUGGCUUGACGCCGCCACCCAGAUCUUCUUCUCCUACGGACUGGGUCUGGGGUCCCUGAUUGCUCUGGGAAGCUACAACUCUUUCCACAAUAAUGUGUACAGGGACUCCAUCAUCGUUUGCUGCAUCAACUCCUGCACCAGCAUGUUUGCCGGCUUCGUCAUCUUCUCUAUCGUGGGCUUCAUGGCUCACGUCACCAAGAGGUCCAUAGCUGACGUGGCAGCCUCAGGCCCUGGGCUGGCAUUCUUGGCAUACCCCGAGGCUGUGACACAGCUACCCAUCUCUCCCCUCUGGGCUAUCCUCUUCUUCUCCAUGCUGCUGAUGCUGGGCAUUGAUAGCCAGUUCUGUACCGUGGAGGGCUUCAUCACUGCCCUGGUGGAUGAGUACCCCAGGCUUCUCCGCAAUCGCCGGGAACUCUUUAUUGCUGCCGUGUGCAUCGUGUCCUACCUGAUUGGCCUGUCUAACAUCACCCAGGGUGGCAUUUAUGUCUUCAAACUGUUUGAUUAUUACUCUGCCAGUGGCAUGAGCCUGCUGUUCCUGGUUUUCUUUGAGUGUGUCUCCAUUUCCUGGUUUUAUGGUGUCAACCGAUUCUAUGACAACAUCCAGGAGAUGGUUGGCUCCAGGCCCUGCAUCUGGUGGAAGCUGUGCUGGUCCUUUUUCACACCCAUCAUUGUGGCGGGCGUGUUUCUCUUCAGCGCUGUGCAGAUGACACCACUUACCAUGGGAAGCUACGUCUUCCCCAAGUGGGGCCAGGGCGUGGGCUGGCUCAUGGCCCUGUCGUCCAUGGUGCUCAUCCCUGGGUAUAUGGCUUACAUGUUCCUCACCCUAAAGGGCUCUCUGAAGCAGCGUCUCCAGGUCAUGAUUCAGCCCAGUGAAGAUAUCGUGCGCCCUGAGAAUGGCCCUGAGCAGCCGCAGGCUGGCAGCUCAGCCAGCAAGGAGGCCUACAUCUAG